AUAUGUUGUGUAAAAUAAAAUGUGUUCGAAAUUAAAGGAGUCGCGAUAACGCACAAGUACCGUUUUCGUUCUUUGGAUUACUCAAGAAAAAAUUUUACAAUAAAACUGAUCAUCAAAAAAAGGUAAUAUUAGUGUUCGACGAGAUAUUUCUUAGGGAGAGCAUAAGUGUCAACACUAGAACACUAACAUAUCUCGGACAAGAAGAUUUUGGUGAAGGCUUUGAGUCUAGAGAAAAUCAUAAGGCUAACCAUGUGUUAGUACUAAUGAUUCAAAGUUUAGCAGAUAAUGUCCAUAUGCCAAUAGCAGUGUUUGUUUCAAAUGGUUUAAUAAAAGGUAUAGAUUUGGUUAAAAUAGUUGUAAAAUCAAUCUUAUUACUUGAGAAUGCUAGAAUUCAAGUAAUGAGGAUGACAAGUGAUGGAGCAACUACAAAUAGGAAUAUGUGGAGCUGGUUGGGCAUAAGUGCAAAAAGCCACAAUUUUAAAAAUAGUUUUGAAAAUCCUUUUGAUAACCAAUGCAGUGUCUAUGUAUUUUCAGAUGCCCUUCAUUUGAUGAAGACCAUCAGAAAUAGGUUGUAUACAAAAAAAGCAUUAAAGAUUCACCCAACAAAGUCAUUUAUAAAAUGGAAAGUUUAUGAAGAUCUUUAUACACAUGAUUCCAAAAAUAUAACUAGAGUAUAUCCAAAGAUUGACUAAGAAUCAUUUUGAACUUAAAAACUUCUCACAAAAGAGAAAAUACUCAAAAUACUUAUUGACAACAAUGCCAGCACACUAAACUGAUAACUGAAUUAUGUAACACUAGGUAUAUAAAGAAUCAUAUUCAUAUUAUAUGAUUAUUGAUUAUAGCGGAUACAAAAUUAAAAUAAUAGAAUGCAUGAGCAUGACAGACAGCCAAUUUACCAUAAUAUCACAAAUUUAUAAUUUCAAUUUAGAGCCCCUAAAUUGACAGACCCCAGUGGAUUUCUCCGCCUUUCCGCUCUGGGAC